AGAUUAGAUUGCUCAUUCCGAUAAGCAGAGGCUAUAUAUACUACUAACACGAUUAACCCUUCCAAAUUGUGUGAAUACAUCAUAGUUAUAGAUGAAGAUGGGGACAUUUCAACAUGAGAGGUCAGAACCUUUCUAAAGAAGCUGCAGCCUUCCAGCAUGGAUGUGCCGACCAUUACAGCGAACCCCCCCUCGUCCAUUUCUGUUUGUUGCUUCUUGCUCCCAAUUGGUUCCACUUCCUUCCCCGUCCCCCCCAUCAAAAGUUUACUACGUACCAUGUGAGAGCAUUUGAGUCAAUCCUGAUAGAGUGAAGAACAUGCCAACCAACUGUAGUUGUGGGGUCUAAACCUUCAAAUUCAAGGAUCCUGAUCCAUCGAUCUCUUGUUCAAUCGUUUGGUGUGGAUUCAUGGUCAAAGACCCACCUGUAUGAUUUUUACUACCAGUUAAGAUGUUACCCUCAUUAAUUCUCUUCUACUCGCCUCAACAAAAUAAAGCCUUCUCCAGUUCUCCCAACCAUCUUCAUUAAUCUAGAGCAGAUUACAGAUCUCUCUCUCUCUCUAGGCAAAACAAACAAGUCCCACCAUCAUCUGGACUGUUCAUAGAAUGCCCCAUAGAAAGACAGAGAGAGGGAGGGGGGGAGGUCUUACUCCUUUCUCCUUUUUCCCUUCGCCAACAAAUAGCAAGCUAGUAGCAACCCAGAAAGAAACCAUAAACCAGGAAAGGUGAUUGGAAGAAAACAACAAAACUUUUAAAAGAAGGAAAAGGAGAACUGUGGGAGAAGAGAAAAUCAGAAAAGAAAAGAAAGAUGUAUUCGCCUUGCAUUAGAGAUGGCUCACAAUCCUGCAGCCGAGGUUGCUGCCCAGUCCCUUUUCUAGGCCUGCCUGAGCCCCCUAAGCCCAAUUUGAAACCCUCCAACACCGUUGCCGCUUCCCGAUACAACUUCGCCACCGUCACCACUUCCUCUCUUUUCCCCAACAUCCAAUUCACCAAUCAUGAGUCUCUCCCUUCCUCGUCAGAUUCUUUCUCUCACUUCAACAAGGCCUACCCUGAUUUCUCCCAGACCCAUCUGGCUGACCGCGUCAGAGCCCAGGAAUACUACCACCUCUCCAUCUCUAAUCGCGUAUGUCUUGAUUAUAUCGGUCUUGGCCUCUUCUCCUACUCCCAGCAACAAGCUCAGUACUCCUCAGCAGCUACUAUUGCCUCUUCUUCUUCUUCUCCACCGCCACCGCCUCCGCCUCCGCCUCCCCAUAAUUCCCAAUUCCCUUUCUUCGACAUCUCCUACAAGUCAACGAGUCUGAUUUCUGAGAUAGCGUAUGGAGGCAAAGGAUCUGUACUGGAAUCCAGCAUACGGAAAAGAAUUAUGGGUUUCCUUAAUAUCUCCGAAUCAGACUAUUCCAUGGUUUUUACAGCCAACAGGACCUCCGCUUUUAAGCUUCUGGCAGAUUCUUACCCUUUCCAAUCUAAUCCCAGACUUCUGACAGUUUACGAUUAUGAAAGUGAGGCCGUGGAUACAAUGAUCGAUAGCUCCCAGAAACGAGGAGCCCGAGUCAUGUCAGCUGAGUUUUCUUGGCCAGGCCUCAGAGUUCACUCUGCGAAAUUGACUAAGAUGGUUGCGAGUAAGAGGAAAAAGAAGAGAGGACUGUUCGUCUUCCCGCUUCAGUCUUGCAUGACCGGAACCCGAUACCCGUAUCUAUGGAUGAACCUUGCACAGGAGAAUGGAUGGCAUGUCUUGCUUGAUAUCUGUGCUUUAGGACCAAAAGACAUGGACACUUUGGGCCUCUCGCUCUUUCGGCCAGACUUCCUUAUCUGCUCUUUCUUCAAGAUCUUCGGGGAGAACCCAGCUGGCUUUGCGUGCCUCUUUGUUAAGAGAUCGAGUGCUUCACUCCUGAAGGACUCAACCGCGGCCACAGGUAUUGGAAUCGUGAGCCUUGUUCCGGCAAAAAGACUGUCUCAACUCACCAGUGAUUACUCUGGCACUGAAAUGGAUACCCAACAGAGUUCUAAAUUCUGGGUGCAAGAAGACGAUUCAAGUUCAAUUGUCACAAACUCAUUCUCAGGUCCUAUAUCUGCUCAGCAAGGUAACGAAGAGGACAAUACCUCUUUGAGCUCAAGCCAGAGAAGGCAAAUUGAAGUAGUCGAUCAUGGUAAGACCUUGGAGUUAAGUGAAAAAGAAGCCAAGCACAAGGAACCGUUAUCAAAUGAAACCGUGGAAUCAGGGAAUCCCACAGAGUGUCUGGAACCAGGGAGUACAGAAACCAGUACCAGAGAAAUGGAUAGGAGCGUAGAGAUUGAAUGCAAAGGCUUGGAUCACGCAGAUUCAAUAGGCUUGAUACACAUAAGCACCAGAGCAAGGUACUUGAUCAAUUGGCUAGUGAAUGCAUUGAUGAAGCUCAAGCAUCCUCAUUCAGAGGAUGAUCUUCCCCUGAUCAGAAUCUAUGGACCAAAGAUAAAGUUUGACCGUGGGCCGGCACUGGCAUUCAAUGUGUUUGAUUGGAAGGGAGAAAAGGUUGACCCUGUACUUGUACAGAAGCUUGCCGACCGAAGCAAUAUUUCUGUAGGAUAUGGUUUCUUGCACAACAUUUGGUUCUCGGACAAGUAUGAAGAAGAGAAGGAGAAAGUCUUGGAGACAAGAACUCAUGGCGCAUCAGGAGGAGCAGGAAACAAGAGAAAAGAGAAAAGUGAUUUGGGGAUUACUGUGGUCACCGCUGCAUUCAGCUUCCUUGCCAAUUUUGAGGACACUUACAGACUUUGGGUUUUUGUUGCCCAAUUCCUGGAUGCAGACUUUGUGGAGAAGGAGAGAUGGAGAUACAUGGCUCUUAACCAGAAGACUAUUGAAAUUUAAACUACACCAAUUCAUUUAUUCUUUCAAAUUGUGAGGUUCUGUACUGAACAGUCUCUGGAGUUAAUUGAAUUGAAAUGGUCAAAGCGAAGGUACCCAAACAGUAACAGAGAUGGCAGCAGAUCUCACUUUUGUCCUAAAAUUUGUUAUUUGCGUUUCCAUUUGUACAUGAUGUUUCAUGUUCUUCUCAAUUAAAA